GUGAGUGAUUGAAGUAGUUCGUAAUCUUACAGCUGUAUUGUGGCGGCAUGUAAGAUAUUUCAGUCUGGACCAGAUAAAUCACAAUGACACACAACGAACCAGGUCAGAGGUGGUCCUUCAUCAUAUAAUAUUCAUAGCCAGGAGCUGAUUUGACCUACACAUUCUUGAGACAAGAAUGGAUGACAGGUAAAAGUUUUCUAAUAUGGAAACCAAAAGGUGUUACUUUCAUGAGCACUGAUCAUAAGUUGAUAGAAUAUGCAUGUCACAGGUGGUCCUCCAUAGAUCACUUUUCACAACUAGCUGCCAUUGUCACUAACUUAUUCUAUAGACAAGCACGGGUGAAUGGUAAAUGUUUCAUGAUCUGGACACAAAAGAUGGGUCACUCUGAUGACCACUGAUGAUACAUGCAUUGAUAUAGCAAGUAUGUAUUUUGUCAUAUCAUAUACUUCUUCACGAGCAAUACACGGGUGGGACACAGAUUUGCCUCAUGUAGAUGUACUUGUGGCAUUGUGACAGUUUAAUUUCAGCUCAUGUAUUUGCCAGAGCCGUUCUCUCAGCUAUUAAGAGAAUGUGUCAUAUGAAAAUAUGAAAACUAUGAAACUUCCUUUCCUGACAUAUGAAAUCCGAAACGGUUUUAUGACCAAUUUAUAAUAUAACAUGAUGGAAAUAAUGUCAUUACCUAGCACAAUUUACCUUUUAAUUUCUUUAACUUAAAGUAACACAGAACCUAAAGGAUUGAGUAUGGUUUUACACUGCUGUAAAUUAUUGAACGUCCUUGCCUUGCCUUUGAAUAAGCAGAUUCCAUUGCUUGUAAAGGCAAAAUAGACAUUAAAAGUUUAUGAACAGAAGGGUGAAAAUCAGUUGAUGACACCAGGUGUUCACGAAAAUGGUAAACAUUUCCUGCACUACGGGUAGUACCUCCCAAAUUUGCACAAGAAAGUAUGUCUUUGUUUCCUGGCACAACACAGCAGUACUCCUGCCAUGCCACGGGGCAUGUAAACAAACCAGACAAUGAAAUGAUGAACCAGAAACCAGUAUCAUGAUGGCGCAUUUACCUUCUUUGGACAAUGGUAAACUACCUCAGAAUUUCAAUUUCUAUCAAUAUUUCUCUUAUCUUCGUCCUCCCACUUUACUACCUAUCCUCUCUCAUAACACAUGACCCUAAUUUCCCACCAUUUCCACAAUAGUUUCCUUCACCUUGGCUACUCCCAUGUCACCAAUUCAAGACCAGUUUCUACCUCCAGUUUCGGUCCCUUAAAGUACAACACCUCUCUCCUACUCUAAUGUCCCAAUUUCCACACCAGCCCCGACCUCCGUUCUCCAAUAAAACUUCCCUUACCCUGUCCUACUCCUAUAUAAUUUCCAUUUCCCCUUUAAUCCUGCCUCUGUAUCAUCCAACCCUUCCCCUGUCUCUUUCGCUCAUGUCCUUUGUUUCCCUCCACUUUUUUUUUCUUUUUCUUCCCCUCUCCUGCUCCCAUGUCUCCUAUUUCUCAACCAGCUCCUGCUUUCCCCACUUGCUCCUACCUCCAUCCAACCACUGUACUUCCCUCAACCCCUCCGUGACGUAUCUACCCCAUUAUGUUUCCUAACCUGCACCUACGUCAGGCCUUCCACCGCUCUUCCCUUCUCUACAAAUACUCCCAUGUCCCCCUUUCCCCCCAUUUGCUCCUACGUCCAUCACACCAAUUACAUCCCUUACUGUCUCCUCCGAUGUCCUCCAUUUUCCCACCUGCUCCUAACCCCGUCUUAACAGUGUGCUUCCCUUCACCUCUCCUGCUUCAAUGAUCUCCAUUUCCCAACUUUCCCCUUCCUCCGUCCUACCAGUGUACUUUCCUUCACCUCUCCUCCAAUGUCCUCCAUUUCCCCACCUGCCCCAACCUACGACCUACCAUUGUACUUCCCUUACCCUCUCCUCCUCCAAUGUCCUCCAUUUCCCCACCUGCCUCUACCCCCGUCCUAACAAUGUACUUCCCUGAACCUCUCCACCUCCAUUUCUCCGACUGCCCCUACCUCCGACCUGCCAAUGUACUUCACUUCACCUCUCCACCUCCGAUGUCCUCAAUUUCCCCAUCUGCCCCAACCUACGACCUACCAAUGUACUUCCCUUACCCUCUCCCCCUCCAAUGUCCUCUAUUUCCCGAUCUGCCUCUACCCCCGUCCUAGCAAUGUACUUCCCUGAACCUCUCCUCCUCCAUUUCUCCGACUGCCCCUACCUCCGACCUACCAAUGUACUUCCCUUCACCUCCCCACCUCCGAUGUCCUCAAUUUCCCCACCUGCCCCUACCUCCGACCCACCAAUGUACUUCCCUUCACCUAUCCUCCAUGUCCCAACCUGCCCCUAGCCCCGGCCUACGAGUGUACUUCCCCUCUCCUCCUCCAAUGUCCCCAAUUUCCCCACCUGCCCCUACUCCCGUCCUAACAAUGUACUUCCCUUCACCUCUCCUCCUCCAUUUCCCCGUCUGCCCCUACCUCCGUCCUACCAAUGUAACCCCCCUCACCUGUCCUCUUAUAAUCCCCAUUUCCCCCACCUGCCCCUACCUCCGUCCUACCAAUGGACUUCCCUUUACCCCUCCUCCUCUAUUUCUUUCUCACUUUGAAUACUCAUGUUGAGCAACUUUGCCUUGGCGCGAUUUUUAUUUCUGUACUAACCAUUGUUGCCAGGGGAAGGUUAAAGAAUUAUGUUACAGUGACUUAGUUGGCUUCCCUUCUAUUGAAUUAUUGUGCAUAAGAUAAGGAUUUCCGGGUGACUCCUGUUUGAGUCCUGUAGUAGCCAUUGUGGCAGUUCCAAUCUUGAACACACCCUAAAUCUGAGAGAAAAUAAUAUGUUCAUGUCAUUUGCUUAUUAAUAACUAUAUACAAUGGUAAUGAAUUGCCUAAACCUUAACAGAUGUAGUGUCAGGGUAUUUUUUUUAACAUUGUAAAGGGGUCACAGGUGGCCCACAAGUAACUCACUCACUCACUCUCAUUGCAAACAUGAAGUAUUUUUUUAUGAUUCAUUCAAGCGAUCAUAAAAUCCUCAUUCAAGCACGGUAACUCUUUUUAAGUAGCAAACUCUACUAGAGUAGCUUCCCUUGGAAUGACCUUCGCAUUUCACAACGUUUCUUCUCCAUGUUCAACCCUGUAUAGAUGGCUGCCAAGUGUUGAUGUAGAUCUAACUUUAUUCACAAUGUAAGGCAGACGGAAGUGCCGAGUUGUGCAUAAAGUCGACGCAUGCGUGGUUUUGCCUAGAGUAGCGGCGUCAUGACAACAGCUAGCCCUUCCUGUGUGUCAGCCAUUUUGAGAGCUAUCACUGGAAGUGUUCUCAGUUUUAUUGUGCAAAAUACGACUCUAAAAGUGUGUACGACUUGAAGAGGUGGAGAAAACUAUGAAUCCCACUACGACAGUGCCUGUGACCCGCUUGCUCCCCGGGCUGCCAACAGUGGUGUUGGGAGAUGGGACCAGAUGUCUGAUAGAUAACAACACUAUCUGGAUACCUGCUGGUAAUCCUGUUAACCUCUCCCUGGAUGCUGGUUACCUACAGCCAAGACUCCUUCAGCCUGGAGGUCAGUCAUCUGUGACUGCUAUCCCCUUGCCUCCUGCAGUCCAGCCACCAUCUUGCAAUAGACGUAGGGAGAUGAUGCCUGUCUGCCAGCUGCCUGUCAGCCUGCCCAGUGCAGUGCUAGACCUGGAGCUGAUAAGACCAGAGGCCUUCUCCUGUGUUCUGCCCCAACUUGACCCACCCAGUCCAGUUCCUCAUCCCCAGUCUAUGGCCCAUGUUGAAACUCCUCCCAUGCCUACAACAAGCAACCCCAAACCCAAUGUCCAUCAAAAGCAGAAACUCGAGCUCAAGCCCUGCAAACGCAAGCCCCGCACGUUCAGGCCAAAACCUCAGCCAACGCCUCGCAUUCCGAAGGAGAAAAUGAUCAAGCAUCAGCCAGAGAGCAAGCCCUACUUUGUGCCUCAGCCUCUUGGCGCUCAGCACAUCAAAACCCAGAGCAGACCCCUGGGGAACCGUAUCACUAAGUCUGGGGGUAGAAAUAGUAUCAUUAAGGCCUCACCUAAGAGUUUUGCUGAACAGUUGUUGUCUGCUGAUGGUGCAUACUUAAAGCCAAAGUCUGGUUGCAAGACAUCCCCUGUCCCUGUUAAGAAUGUAAAGGAUAAGGUUGUUUCAGCACCAGAGAGUCCUAAGUCAGGUGGUGUCACUGCUGCAACAUUAAGUGUACAUUCUGCCAAGUCAGUGGACAGAUGUGAGCCAAACUCUGAUGAUGAAUAUGAUGUGGAAUAUCUGUAUCUUACCAAACUCAUUUUAAGGAAAAAGAAGAAACCCACAUCUGAGCCCAGCAAGGAGCCCCUGCCUUCACGCAAGAGGAAGUGCCCAGAUGACAACAGCGAGGUGUCCCAAGUUGUAAAGCAGGCGAGACUGGAGGAGCCCCAGGACACUCUUGAGGACCUGGAAGCUCUCCUGGCUGAGUACAGCUCCAGUCUCUCAUCUGGCACCAGGGACUUUUUCUAA